CCCGCCCCCUCUGUUGCCUCUUUGCUGUCAAUUCGGUUCUGCCCUUUCCCAUCCUCCACUCUUCUCUUUUUCUUUUCCUUUUGAUGUUUGUUAUCAACAAGAGCAUUUCUACUUUUAACAAGGCAUUCCAGAAACUACCAUCCCUGAAUUCUUUUAAAAGUUACACCACUAGCACGAACACAAGCACAGAUAAAAAAAACAUUAUACAACAAUACAAUAUGGUUUCUCCAGCUGAAAGAUUAUCGAGCAUUGCCUCCACCAUGAUCCCCCACCGCAAGGACUCCACCACAUUGGCUCCAGAGGACUACCCUGAGACGCCCUUCAAGGUGACGGUUGUCGGUUCCGGUAACUGGGGUUCCACCAUCGCCAAGGUGGUGGCAGAAAACACUGUCGAAAGACCGCUACAAUUCCAAAGAAACGUGAACAUGUGGGUCUACGAAGAACUCAUCGAGGGCGAGAAGUUGACUGAAAUCAUCAACACCAAGCAUGAGAACGUGAAGUAUCUCCCAGGCAUCAAGCUUCCCGCCAACGUUGUUGCCGUGCCCGACCUAGUCGAAGCAUGCGCCGAUGCCGACUUGAUCAUCUUCAACAUCCCUCACCAAUUUUUGCCACGGAUCUUGAGCCAAUUGAAGGGCAAGGUGAAUCCAAAGUCCAGAGCCAUCUCCUGUUUGAAGGGUUUGGAAGUCACUCCAGACGGAUGCAAGCUUCUAUCCACAUACAUUACCGAGGAAUUGGGAAUAUAUUGUGGUGCACUUUCCGGUGCCAACUUGGCCCCAGAAGUCGCCCAAUGUAAGUGGUCCGAAACCACCGUCGCCUACACCAUCCCACACGACUUCAGAGGCAAGGGUAAGGACAUCGACCACCAAAUCUUGAGAGCCCUAUUCCACAGACCUUACUUCCACGUCAGAGUCAUCAGCGAUGUCGCUGGUGUCUCCAUUGCCGGUGCCUUGAAGAACAUUGUCGCCAUGGCUGCAGGUUUCGUUGAAGGUCUGGGUUGGGGUGACAACGCCAAGGCUGCUGUCAUGAGAAUCGGGUUAACCGAAACUAUCCAGUUUGCCCAGAUGUUCUUCCAGAACUGUCAACCUUCCACUUUCACCAACGAGUCUGCAGGUGUUGCCGACUUGAUUACAACCUGUUCCGGUGGUCGUAACGUCAGAGUCGGUAAGUACAUGGCCCAACAUCAGGUUUCUGCUCAAGAGGCUGAAGCAAAGUUGUUGAACGGUCAAUCCUGUCAAGGUAUGCACACCUGUAAGGAGGUGUUUGACUUCUUGAGCAACAUGGGCAAGAUUGACGACUAUCCUCUCUUUGACGUGACGUAUCGUAUCAUCUACGAAAACUUCCCAAUGGAGAAGUUGCCUGAACACUUAGAACGUGUCGAAGAUUAGGCGCCCUCGCAUUAUCCGGCUGCAUGCACGCCCUCACAUACACAUACAUCAAACAUCAAGCAUUCUAUUAGCAUUCUUUACCUCUGGCGGGAUUGGGGUAGAUGAUUCUUUUCUAUAUUCUCCAUUUAUCAUUUUAUAAUCAAUGUAUCUAGUUUUAGACAAAAAAAACACCGUUUUAUUCGAAAG